CGCGGUGCUGCAGGUGGUGGACGCGGCGGCUCCCGGCCAGAGCAUCCUCUGGAGGGGCGAAGGACGUCUCUUGGGAAGGGCAGGAUAAUCGCAGCCCGGCUGAUGACGAAAGCAUGGCCACUGCAAUUAGGGAGGUGGGAGUUUGGAGGCAGACUAGAACAUUGCUACUGAAGAAUUACCUAGUUAAAUGCAGGACUAAAAAAAGCAGUGUUCAGGAAAUUCUUUUUCCACUAUUUUUUUUAUUUUGGCUAAUAUUAAUUAGCAUGAUGCAUCCAAAUAAGAAAUAUGAAGAAGUGCCUGAUAGAGAACUUCCUCCAAUGGAUAAAUCUAUUCUCUCUGACUUAGUUCUUGGAUAUACUCCAGUGACUAAUAUUACAAGCAGCAUCAUGCAGAGAGUAUCUGAUGAUUACCUUUCUGAUGUCAUAAUUACAGAAGAAUAUACAAGUGAAAAAGAAAUGCUAGAAUCCAGUCAUUCUAAGUCCAACAACUUUGUGGGUGUGGUUUUCAAAGACCUAAUGUCCUAUGAACUCCGUUUUUUUCCUGAUAAGAUUCCAGUAUCUUCUAUUUAUUUGGAUUCAAGAGCUGACUGUUCAAAAUCGUGUGAGUCUGCUCAUUACUGGUCCUCAGGGUUCAGUGUUUUACAGGCAUCCAUAGACGCUGCCAUUAUACAGUUGAAGACGAAUGUUUCUCUUUGGAAGGAGUUGGAGUCAACUAGAGCUGUUAUUAUGGGAGAAACUGCUGUUGUAGAAAUAGAUACUUUUCCCCGAGGAGUGAUUUUAAUAUACCUGGUUAUAGCAUUUUCACCUUUUGGAUACUUCUUGGCAAUUCAUAUUGUAGCAGAAAAAGAAAAAAAGUUAAAGGAAUUUCUAAAGAUAAUGGGACUUCAUGACACCGCCUUUUGGCUUUCCUGGGUUCUUCUAUAUGCAAGUUUUAUUUUUCUUAUGUCUCUUCUUAUGGCAGUCAUUGCAACAGCUUCUUCAUUAUUUCCUAAAAGUAGUAGCUUUGUGAUAUUUCUACUUUUUUUCCUAUAUGGAUUGUCAUCUGUAUUUUUUGCUUUAAUGCUGACACCUCUUUUUAAAAAAUCAAAACAUGUGGGAAUAGUUGAAUUUUUUGUCACCGUGGCUUUUGGAUUUGUUGGCCUUUUGAUAGUCCUCAUGGAAAGUUUUCCCAGUUCAUUAGUGUGGCUUUUCAGUCCUUUUUGUCAGUGUACUUUUUUGAUUGGUAUUGCACAGGUCAUGCAUUUAGAAGAUUUUGACGAAGGUGCUUUAUUUUCUAAUUUGACUGACGGCCCGUAUCCUCUGAUUAUCACCAUUAUCAUGCUGGCACUUAAUAGCAUAUUCUAUGUCCUCCUGGCUAUCUAUCUCGAUCAGGUCAUUCCAGGGGAAUUUGGCUUACGGAGAUCAUCUUUAUAUUUUCUAAAACCAUCAUACUGGUCAAAAAGCAAAAGAAAUUAUAAGGAGUUAUCAGAGGGCAAUGUUAAUGGGAGUAUUAGUGUUAGUGAAAUUGUUGAGCCUAUUGCUUCAGAAUUUAUAGGCAAAGAAGCCAUAAGAAUAAGUGGUAUUCAGAAGACAUACAAAAAGAAGAAUGAAAAAGUGGAGGCUUUAAGAAAUUUGUCAUUUGACAUAUAUGAGGGUCAGAUUACUGCAUUACUUGGCCAUAGUGGAACUGGAAAGAGUACAUUGAUGAAUAUUCUUUGUGGAUUAUGCCCGCCUUCUGAUGGGUUUGCAUCUAUCUAUGGACAUAGAGUCUCAGAAAUAGAUGAAAUGUUUGAAGCAAGAAAAAUGAUUGGUAUUUGCCCACAGUUAGAUAUACACUUUGAUGUUUUGACAGUAGAAGAAAAUUUAUCAAUUUUGGCUUCAAUCAAAGGAAUACCAGCUAACAAUAUAAUACAAGAAGUGCAAAAGGUUUUACUAGACUUAGACAUGCAGGCUAUCAAAGAUAACCAAGCUAAAAAAUUAAGUGGUGGUCAAAAAAGAAAGCUUUCUUUAGGAAUUGCUGUUCUUGGGAAUCCAAAGAUACUACUACUAGAUGAACCAACAGCUGGGAUGGACCCCUGUUCUCGUCAUAUUGUUUGGAAUCUUUUAAAAUACAGAAAAGCCAACCGGGUGACAGUGUUUAGUACUCAUUUCAUGGAUGAAGCUGACAUUCUUGCUGAUCGGAAAGCUGUCAUAUCACAAGGAAUGUUGAAAUGUGUUGGUUCUUCAAUUUUCCUCAAAAGUAAAUGGGGGAUUGGUUACCGCCUGAGCAUGUACAUAGACAGAUACUGUGCUACGGAAUCUCUUUCUUCACUGGUUAGACAACAUAUACCUGGAGCUACUUUGUUACAACAGGAUGACCAACAACUUGUGUAUAGCUUACCUUUCAAAGACAUGGACAAAUUUGCAGGCUUAUUUUCUGCUCUAGACAUUCAUUCAAAUUUGGGUGUUAUUUCUUAUGGUGUUUCCAUGACAACUUUGGAAGAUGUAUUCUUAAAGCUAGAAGUUGAGGCAGAAAUUGACCAAGCAGAUUUUAGUGUAUUUUCACAGAAGCCACCAGAAGAAGAAAUGGAUUCAAAGUCUUUCAAUGAAAUGGAACAGAGCUUGCUUAUUCUUUCUGAAACCAAAGCUUCUCUGGUGAGCACCAUGAGCCUUUGGAAGCAGCAGGUGUCUACAAUAGCAAAAUUUCAUUUUCUUACCUUGAAACAUGAAAAUAAAUCAGUGAGAUCAAUCUUGCUUCUGCUUUUAAUUUUUUUUUCAGUUCAGGUUUUUAUGUUUUUGGUGCAUCAUUCUUUUAAAAAUGCUGUGGUUCCUGUCAAACUUGUUCCAGACUUAUAUUUUUUAAAAUCUGGAGAUAAACCUGAUAAAUACAAAACAAAUCUGCUUCUUCAAAAUUCUACUGAAUCAGAUAUCAGUGAUCUCACUAACUUUUUUACAUACCAGAACAUACUGGUGACGAUGUUUAAUGACAGUGACUAUGUGUCAGCUGCUCCCCAUAGUGCAGCUUUAAAUGUGGUGCUUUCAGAAAAGGACUAUAUUUUUACAGCUGUUUUCAACAGUACUAUGGUUCAUUCCUUACCUGUAUUGAUGAAUAUCAUUAGUAACUACUAUCUUUAUCAUUUAAAUGUGACCGAAACCAUCCAGAUCUGGAGUACCCCAUUCUUUCAAGAAAUUACUGACAUAGUUUUUAAAGUUGAGCUGUAUUUUCAAGCAGCUUUGCUUGGAAUCAUUGUUACUGCGAUGCCACCUUACUUUGCUAUGGAAAAUGCAGAGAAUCAUAAGAUCAAAGCUUAUACACAACUUAAACUUUCAGGUCUUUUGCCGUCUGCAUAUUGGAUUGGGCAAGCUAUGGUUGAUAUGCCCUUAUUUUUUGUUAUUCUUAUUUUGAUGCUAGGAAGCUUAUUUACAUUUCAUCAUGGAUUACAUUUUUAUGCUGUAAAAUUCCUUGCUGUGGUUUUUUGCCUUAUUGGUUAUGUUCCAUCAGUUAUUCUUUUCACUUACAUUGCUUCUUUCACCUUUAAGAAAAUUUUAAAUACCAAAGAAUUUUGGUCAUUUAUAUAUUCUGUGACAGCGUUGGCUUGUAUAGCAAUCACUGAAAUAACUUUCGUUUUGGGAUACAAAGUUACAGCUGCUUUUCAUUAUACCUUUUGCAUAGUCAUUCCAAUCUACCCACUUUUAGGUUGCCUCAUUUAUUUCAUAAAGGUUUCUUGGAAAAAUGAAGAUACCUACAAUCCAUGGGAUAGGCUUUUAGUGGCUGUUAUAUCGCCUUACCUGCAGUGUAUACUGUGGCUUUUCCUCUUACAAUACUAUGAGAAAAAACAUGGAGGCAGAUCAAUAAGAAAGGAUCCCUUUUUCAGGACCCUUUCAAUAAAGUCCAGACAUAAGAAGUUUCCAGAACCACCAAACAAUGAAGAUGAAGAUGAAGAUGUCAAAGCUGAAAGAAUAAAAGUCAAAGAGCUGAUGAGUUGCCAGUGUUGUGAGGAGAAACCAGCCAUUAUGGUGAGCAAUUUGCAUAAAGAGUAUGAUGACAAGAAAGAUUUUCUUCAUUCAAGAAAAGUAAAGAAAGUGGCAACUAAACACAUCUCUUUCUGUGUGAAAAAAGGAGAGAUCUUGGGACUUUUGGGUCCAAAUGGUGCAGGCAAAAGCACUAUUAUUAAUAUUCUGGUUGGUGAUAUUGAGCCAACUUCAGGCCAGGUAUUUCUAGGAGAGUACAUGUCAGAUGCAACUGAACAGGAUGACUCUGUGAAGUGUAUGGGCUACUGUCCUCAGAUAAACCCACUGUGGCCAGAUAUUACAUUGCAAGAACAUUUUGAAAUUUAUGGAGCUGUGAAAGGAAUGAGUGCAAGUGACACGAAAGAAGUAAUGAGUCGAAUAAUAAAUGCACUUGACUUAAAAGAACAUCUUCAGAAAACUAUAAAGAAACUACCUGCCAGCGUCAAGCGAAAGUUAUGUUUUGCUCUAAGUAUGCUGGGGAAUCCUCAGAUUACUUUGCUAGAUGAACCGUCUACAGGUAUGGAUCCCAAAGCCAAACGGCACCUGUGGCGAGCAAUUCGAACUGCAUUUAAAAACAAAAAGAGGGCGGCUAUUCUGACCACACAUUACAUGGAGGAGGCAGAGGCUGUUUGUGACCGAGUGGCGAUUAUGGUAGCAGGCCAGUUAAGAUGUAUUGGGACAGUACAACAUCUAAAGAGUAAAUUUGGAAGAGGCUACUUUUUGGAAAUUAAGUUAAAGGACUGGAUAGAAAACCUAGAGAUAGACCACCUUCAAAGAGAAAUUGAAUAUAUAUUUCCAAAUGCAAGCCGUCAAGAAAGUUUUUCCUCUAUUUUGGCUUAUAAAAUUCCUAAGGAAGAUGUUCAAUCUCUUUCACAAGCUUUUUCUAAGCUGGAAGAAGCUAAACAUACUUUUGCAAUUGAAGAAUAUAGCUUUUCUCAAGCAACAUUGGAACAGGUUUUUGUAGAACUCACCAAAGAACAAGAGGAAGAAGAUAAUAGCUGUGGAACUUUAAAUAGCACACUGUGGUGGGAAAGAACACGGGAAGACAGAGUAGUAUUUUGAAUUUUUAUUGUUCAGUCUGCCUACUGAAUUUUUUCUCCACUUUAAUUUUGGUUUUAAAACUUUAUUCUUUGAUAGUAACUGGGGAAACAUGAGCACAUAGGAUUUUCCCAAGUUCCUUAAUAUAAAUACUGUUGUGGCAGUUUUACUUUUCUUUAAAUAAACUCACGUAUAGAUUGUCAACAUGCAUGAAUGUAAAGUAUAUUGACCUAUAGUAUGUCAUACUUUUCACCAUUCAAAAAUAGUGCUUCUGAAUUUAUGAUCUGAAGUAGUUAUAGAGUAAUUUUGAUUUGAAUAGCUAUCUUUAUUUUUGUUUGUAUCAUCUUGUUAAAUAAUUAUGUAAUGUCCCAAUCUAAAUAAAAAGACUAAUACAUAACUAAUUCAUAGAAAAUAGACAUAAAGCAUUAUUAAAUUUUUUUGCUUUUCCUUUUCAAUUUCUAAAAGAAACUUUAAUGAAAAUUGUCAUCCUUGAAUGCUAAAACAUAGACUUUAGAGUCUCAAUGUAGAGUUUGAGUGAAGAGCCAUCCACCAGGUGGCAGUCCUCAAUCAAUAAAUGAAGUGAGACCUUGUUCCAGGAAAUGACAGCACAUGUAAUUGGUUAGGCAUUUAAAGUUACUUUUCUUUUGCUUACAGUAAAAUCCAGAAGUGUUUCAGUUAUAUAAUUUAAGGAAGACUGUGGUCUUAUCUUGUAGUAGUCUGAUUCUUUGACUCUGUGGCCAGAAUGACUUGUCUGUAGAGUGGAAGAAUUAAUCCAUGUCUUCUCUCAACUCCUCCUAGAAGAUAUAAUUACUUUUUGUUGCCUUGCAAGAAAAGGUCAUAUUUAAUUUUAUCAUUGGCUAAGAUAAUUUGUUGAGUAAUUGUUUGUUAUUGUCAAAUUUUAUUAUUUAUAUCUUUUAUGAGAUCAGAAAAUAAAUAAAUCUACUAAGUAAAACUACAGUUAUUUAGUGACUUACCUCAUAAUCAUUUGGUACAUGAUGGAAUAUAAAUAAAUUCUUUCAGGAUUUAAAUUAAGGAUAAAAAUGGAGCAUACAUAAUUCUCCUUAGUAAGAACCAGAAUUUCACUCUGUGACAAGAGUUGAGGUUAAGGUAUGAGCAAUGUAAUUUUAGUAUACUUAUAUAACCCUUUUGUGGACUAUAGAUAAGAAAUAGAGUGAUCUAUAUGAACCUGUAUUUGAGCAAGAUGUAUGGAAUUAUUAGCUUUGCAAAAUAAAUAUAUAUUAAGAGUACGGUUACUGUAUUAUAGAAAAUUAAAGAACAACAAGAAAAUGAGUUAUUUAAAUAGCUAAACUUUUCAGAAAUUAUUAAUUCUUUAAUGUAGGUAAGAUUCAGUAAACUUUUAGCCCUAUCAUGUAGUAACACAUCUGUGAUUUUAGGCUGCAGCCGCUGUUUUAAAAUAGGAUUUUCAUCUCAGUUGAAGGGACAUGACUGAUAACUUUCCUCCAUUGCUUUGGCAGUUGCUGUAUACAUUCCUAAGGAUACCUACUUGACCAGCCAUCUCAGAGGUCCUCUAAUCUAAAUGUGCCAUUUUACAAAUCUGCUUAGAUUUUACAACCCAGAGCUAAGUUCUCCGUGUUAGAUGGAUUUAGCAGUGGUGCACUCUUACAUCUAGCUAGUUCACUACUGCAUGACAAGUACAGUCAAGGCAUAUUUGACUUGAGAGAAAAUCUUUACCUUUGUAGAUUAAUAAAUAGCACACUGUGCUUUUUAAGCAAGUCUUUGCUAAAUGGUGCCCCAAAUUUAAAGAGAUGUCUUCUUUUUUAUUUGAUACUCAUAUAAUAUACAAGUACCCAGGGGCCUUUGUUUUGGAAUGUGAUUUUGUAACUAUGAGUAUGUUUGAACUCUUACACUCAAUAUAAGCAACAAAACUAUAAUUUAUAGUUUACUAGGGCAGUCAAUAAAAAGGUAGUUUUUUUAAAGAAUUUGACCAUUUUAAGAAAGAUGUGUUACUUUAAAACAGACCACAACUCAUAGAAAGUUAUGUUUUUCUGUAUAGAUUUGGUUACUUUCAUUUUUACAUUUGAGGUUGAGAUUAUACUGACCAAUCAUAUUCUUAUCCCUUUAUUUAGUUAUUUUCCUGUUAUUAUAAAUGAAUGCAUGCUCUUAUAACUAUUUGUUAGAGAUACUUGAUUUUUUUUUUGGUUUUUGCACAUUCAGAGUGAAUUUAUUUUGGUCACAAAUUAUUUGUCAAAAUAUUUUGUUCAUAUUUUCAUAGUAACAAAAUCUUUGACUCAAGAAAUAUAAUUUAAUUAUUAGGAAAGCAAGGAUAAUCAAACUGGAAAGAAAAGGAGACAGAAAAAUCAAGUAAAACAUUUACCAUUAUUAGUAUAUAGUUUGUGUUUUUCAUAUGUAUUUUAAGUUGUCUUUAGUUACUGAUCUCAGAACUUUUUUCCAUGUUAAAACAUGUAAAUAAAAAUAAAUAUGUUUGGCCAAAGAUGGAUAAAACAGCAUCAUCCAUCUACCUUAUGAUCAAAUUUUAAAACUCGAACAAGGCUUUAUUGAAUGAGUGUGGUCACUGAAAAAUAAGGCAAAAUUCUGUCUGUAGCAAUGAAGAAACAAAUCAGUUCUCACAGUAGAAAUAUGAAUGUACCGUGCAUUACAUUUUGCCAGCUCUUUAUUUUUUUUUUCAGUUUUCAGUAAAAUGCUUUGGGUUUUCUUUAAAAGCAUUUUUUCUUUUAAAUCAAAAAAUAUCUUAAGUCAGUCUUUUGAUUUCCAUAAUUAAAAUAUUUUUGUAAUAAUUUAAUUCAGCAGACAUUUAAACUACUCUUACCAGCUACAAGUUCUUUGUAUAGAAAGGUGACUAUCACUUUUGGCCCCCUAAGAUUUUGUAACGUAGAAGAAGGAAAAUAGGUAUUUAUAUAACUAGCUGUAGUGACAAAAGCUUUACUGGUAGAAAUGGCAGUGUUCUAUAGGAACACAAUUAUAGUUUGGGUAAAUGCUGUCAUUUUUUUUAUUGCUAUCACAUUAUUCUUUCAACAUUUCAUUCUGAUGUGCUUUGAAUUUGUUAAAAUACUACCCUGUAUUUUCAUGUAACAUGUUCAAAUAGGCAUUAAUUUUUGGAAAACAGAAAUGUUAUUCUUAAUGUAUUUUUAUAUUGCUAACAUUGAUUUUUCAUUUCCUUUCUUGAAAAAGCAUAUUACAUAAAAUGAAAGAAUUUAUUCUCAGGUUAUUUUUGUAUCAGCUAUUCUUAUAAGGUAAAAAUUUACUUAUUUUUUAUUCAUAAUGUGUUAUGUGUAAGUAAUUCUCAAUGCUGCCCUUAGAAAAAUGAAUGUGCAUAUAUUAUCAAAAAUAAGCUUUAAGAGCUGAAAAUUUGACAAAUGAUUUUGUAUACUGAAAUGGAAUCUUUGUUAUUUAGUGUUGAUAAUUGAAUGAGUGGCUCAUAUUAAAAUUGAAGCAAAAACCUGGCAUUAAAAUUGCUAGUAUUUUUUUAAGUAUCUGAGGGGAAAUUUCCAGUACAGAAGGAACAUUGGCAGUAAUUUUGUUUCAGUUAUCAUUCAAAUUUUAAACCUGAACUAGGUAUGUUUAUAGAUCUUUUAAUCUUAUGUGCUUUGUAGAAAUAGAAAGCAGUCACUAACAUUUUAUUACAUUUAGCAGACUAAAUAAUCACCAGUGUUUCAUAUUACAUGCAUAGUUUACAUGUUCCCUUAGAUAUUUUUUGUCGUUGUUGUUGUUACCGGGGAUCAAACUCAG